AUGCAGGUGAAACUCGAUCCGUUGUACGUCUGGCUGGACGAAUACGCUAGCCCGACAGCAUUCUACCUGAGCUACCACACGGGACGCUCAAAGGAUGAGGCCAUGUUCAAGCCCACCAGCGAUGAUGAGAUGAAUGCAAAAUGCCGAGCAGUCAUCGACUACCUCAGUCACUCGGCUGAGUGGGUGCUGGGCGACGAGGAUUAG